AUGGCCACUCUCAGUGUCCUCGAGUUCGAUCCUGAGGGCCGUCCCAUCCCGUUCGAAACGUGGCUUGAUGAGCUGUUCUUACUGAGCGAUUCUAGAGACAGCGUUUCGUUGUUUGACCACACGUCUGGAGCCUCUCUCGCCCCUCCCGACACAGCUGACAGUGCGACUCGCUCACAGUGGCUUACCCGUGACGCUGCUGCUCGCCUAGCCGUUCGCAACCACCUGCCGUUAGCCGAACGCGCUCACUUUGGCCAGCACAAGACUGCUAAAGCCCUGUACGACGCUGUAGUCGCUCGUUACUCCUCCCCUGCCAUUGUAGCUCUCGGCUGCCUUAUACUGCCCUACCUCUUUCCCGAGCUGUCCUCCUUUGCCACAGUUGUUAACCUCAUCACCCACCUUCGCACUAGCGACACUCGCUACCGCGCCGCGCUGAAAGCGGAGGACCACUUUCUCACCCUUGACCCCACUGAUCUCACUGUCGACCUGCUCGAGGAGCGCCUUCUUGCGGCUGAGACUAGCAUAGUCGCUGUAGGUGCUGCUCGUGGCACUCUCGCACGCCCUUCUUUGAGAAGUGCUCCCCCUCCCCCCUUGCCCCCUCUGUUGCUUCUGCUGCUGCUGUCGACUUCCUUGGUGCUGAGGAGGUCGGCGCUGCUUCUGCUCCUAGUGGGAAGCGCCGCAGCGGCAAGGGCAAGGGAGGCAAGAGUGGUGGAGGUGGCGGCCGGGUGGGGUGGUGGUGGAGGCGCUGGAGGUGGCGGAGGUGGCGGUGGGAGUGGUGGCGGGAGUGGGGGCGGUGGUGGCGGCGGUGGCGGCAGCGGUGGGGGUGGUGGUGGUGCUCGUGGCGGCAGUGGGAGUGGUGGCGGCGGUGGUGGCGGCGGUAGGAGUGGCGGCGGUGGCAGUGGUGGUGGUCCGGCUGGAGCAGUUCAGCGGCAGCAGCAGCAGCGUCCGCGUGAGACCCUCACGCCCCAGCAGCUUCGUGAGUGGUUUGCUCAGCGUGGGGCGUCUGGGGGUAGUGCUCGCUGCCCGUACGUCAUUCGCACAGGUGACCGCGCUGGUCAGACGUGCGGGAAGUUUCACACCCAGCACCGCUGCUUCUCCCGCCUAGACGACGCUUGGCGCGCAGAGUUUGGCGAUGAGGCAGAGCUUCCCCGCUGGGCGGAGCUGCGGAGGUCUGGUGUUGAUAUCUUUGCUCUUGACUAUGACGCUAUCCUUGCUGCCAUGUAUGCUUUGACUGCAACCUCGCCCACACUACGUUGGACGGGGGAGGUUGGCGAUGCGUCGGUGUUCCGGGUCUGGGGCUCUCGUGCCUUUGUCCGCGAUACCUCCGCGGACAAGCUCUCCUCCCGCGCCAUUCCCUGUGUCUUCCUUGGCUUCCCCCCUGACGCGCCUGGCUGGCAGUUUUACCACCCCACCUCGCGCAGUGUUCUGUCCACUCAGGAUGUCACGUUUGACGAGUCGGUUCCCUUCUACCGUCUCUUCCCCUACCGCACUGCCCCUCUUCCCCCCCCGCCGCUCUUCCUCGCUCCAGGUCCCCCUCUGGUAGACCCCCUCCUCCCUCAGGGUCCUUCUCUUUCAGGUGUAUCUCAUGUAGACCCACUUCCCUUGGCUGAGCCUGUCGAGGUCACAGGCGACUCUGGUGCUGCUGGGGGUGGUCCUGCUCGGGGUGCUGAGCCUGGAGGUGCGGAGCCUGGGGGUGCUGAGCCUGAGCGUGAGGAGCCUGGGGGUGCUGAGCCUGAGCGUGUGGAGCCUGGGGGUACUGAGUCUGGGGGUGCUGAGCCUAGGGGUGCUGCGUCUGCUGGAGGCCCUACGGUGGAGCUGCUGGGGCUGAAGGCACUGCCGCUGGAGACGCUGGAGCUGGAGGCGUUGGACCUGGAGACGCUGGCGCUGUGGGCACUGGAGCCGGAGGCGCUGGGGCUGGAGGCCCAAGAGCUGGAGGCGCUCACACUGGAGAUACUAGAGCUGGAGGUACUGGCGGUACUGGGGUUGCUAGUCUUGGAGGUACUGGUCUUAGAGGCACUGUGGAGCCUCUCUCCCCACAGCAGCUGCUCGAAUGGUUUGCUCGGCGCACCCGCCUUCGGAGUCGCGCUGCUGGAGCUGGAGACACUGCGGCUGGAGGCGCUGGAGCUGGAGGCGUUGGAGCUGGAGACGCUGAAGCUAGAGCCGCUAGAGCUCGGGGCACUGGAGCUGGAGGCACUGGAGCUGAAGGCACUGGCGUUGGAGGCGUUGGAGCUGCAAGCGCUGGAGCUGGAGGUGCCGGCGCUGGAGGCACUAGCGCUGGAGGUGCUGGAGCUCGAGGCACUGGAGCUGCAUGUGCUGGAGCUGGAGGCGCUGGCGCUGGAGGCACUGGAGCUGGAGGCACUGUAG